GAUUUCUUUGACACACGUUAUUUCAGAAUUAAUAAACUUUUCUUGUCUUUCAUAGGUUUAUGGCCAUACCAAACGUCAUUUAUGAAAAUUCUAACUCUGUCAUUUGCCAUAUCCGGUGUUACAAUAAUGAGCUGGCCACAGAUCGCAUAUUUGCUGAAACAUUUGGACAAUUUAGAUCUAGAUGGUGUCUUCGAGGUUAUGCCAACCACAUCUGGUGCAUUAAUAUGCGCUGUGAAAAUUAUUAGCUUGACUCGUAAUUCUGAAAAGUUUAAGGUGCUUCUGCGACAGAUAUACGAGGAUUGGCGUGAUCUGCUAACGAACCAAGAAACGCAGAUUUUAACGCGUUACGCCAAUAAUGCUCGAAAGUUUACAUUAGUCUAUUCAAUUUCCAUAAUAGGAUUUGUAUUUUGCUAUGCCAUGUUACCUCUCACCGCGCCUGUACUAGACAUCAUCUCGCCUCUAAAUGAAUCGAGACCGAAAAAAAUGCCGCAUGCAGCGGAGUUCUUCGUGAAUCAAGACAAGUAUUAUUAUGUGCUUUUGCUAAACACAUAUAUGGGUUACAUUGCAUGCGUCUCGAUCGCAGUGGCUGCCGAUACUAUAUACGUUACUCUGGUAGAACAUAUUUGUGGAAUGUAUGACAUACUGUGUUAUCGUCUGAAGAAUUUAAUAACACACGAUGACCUAGAAUGGAUCCACGAUAAUCAUGUAUGCGGACAUGACAAAAUCGGUCAACGCAUACGAUGCUGCAUUCAACUGCAUGAAAAAAUAAGAUUAUUUAUAGAGAUGAUGGAGUCCACGUUCGCGUUAUUUCUCCUUUUCGAUGUUGGAUUAGGAUUUAUAUUGCAUACCUCAUCGUGUGUAAUGUUCGUAGUUCGUAUGGGACGAUCGUUUGAGAUUUUGCGAUACGUGGCUCUCGUGCUUCUACAAAGUUGCCGAUUAUUUUUCAACAGUUGGGCCGGGCAAGAAGUGACCGAUCAUAGCGCCGGAAUUUCUAUAGCAGCUUACAAUGGAAUGUGGUACAAUGCACCCAUAGAGGUGCAAAAAUGUCUAAUAUUGUUGAUCGCGAGAAGCCAGAAGCCUUCUCAAAUAACGAUCGCCAAAUUAUAUGUCGUCAAUCUGGAAAGUUUUAGUAAGGUAAUGAAAACAUCAGUAUCCUACUGCACGGUAAUAAUUUCGCUGCGCGAAAUGUCUGUCACGACAGCGACUAGUUAUAUCACAGCACCGCUUACGGUACCGAUGCUCGAUAUUAUUCUGGCGACGAACGUGACGAGACCAAAAAAACUGCCGCAUUCGGGCGAAUUCUUCGUGGAUCUAGAAAAGUAUUAUUAUAUUCUCUUCGCGAUCACGUGCCUAGGAUAUUAUGUAUCCUGCACGUCGGUGAUCGCGAUCGAUACUAUUUAUUUUGCAUUAUUGCAACAUAGCUGUGGUAUGUUGGCCGUAUUAAGAUAUAAUGGAAUGUGGUACCAAACAUCCCUGAAAGUAAAGAAAAUUUUUUUGUUUCUACUAAUGAAAUCUCAAAAGCCGUAUCGCAUAACUAUGGCCAAAUUAUAUGUAAUCAGUUUGGAAGGUUACACUAUGAAAAUGUCUUUCUACGACAAUCGCUACUAUUACCUCAAUAAAACAUUCCUGUCCAUUAUCGGCCAAUGGCCAUUUCAAUCGCGACUGGAGGGUAACGUGAUGCUCGCCAUUGCAAUAUUGUUCAUUUGCAGUUUGACAGCUUUAGAGUUAUUGGGCCUGAUAGCCGGAAUAACGAAUUUGAACAUCGUCAUGGAGAACUCAUCGCCGUUAUUCAUCAACAGCCUUAUCAUCGUAAAGCUAAUCAACUCUCUCUGUAAUAAGCAUAAAAUGAAAGAUCUUCUAGAGAAUAUCGAAGAGAUUUGGAAGAUGAGACCAAUCGGGCCAGAAAGUAAAAUAUUACGGAAUUAUGCGGAGCAAAACAGAAUAUUUACGAUACAAUAUGCAGUUGCUCUUUUAUCUUCGGGGAUUUUUUAUUCCACGAUGCCGAUCGUCGUAAGUGGAAUAUAUUCUUUUUUACCAACGAAUGAAAACUACACGGCCAGAUUUUUAUAUCGCUUGGAACAUGUUCUCGACGUGGACAAGUAUUUCAAUCUCCUGAUGCUUCAUGGGAUUAUUAGUAUAUUUUAUAUAGUGUCGGUACCGAUAGCUAUCGAUUGCAUGUUUAUUCUAUGCAUUCAACAUGUCUGUGCAUUGUUUGAGGGUAUAAAGUACAAGAUAAAUCGUAUACGAGACUUCGAUUUUGUGAUACUCAAGCCAAAUAUGGCGGAUGAUGAAGCAUAUCAUGUCAUAAUUGAUUGCAUAAAAUCAUAUAAACAUGCCUUAAAAUUUUCAGAUCUGCUCUCAUCCGCUUACGCAACAUCAUUUUUCUUUUUAUUAGGAAUUGUAACCUUAAGCUUAAGCUUCAAUGCGGCUGAGUUGAUAAUGGUAGAUAAUCAGUUAGAUGAAACUAUCAGAAUUGUUUCUGCUAUUAUGGGACUAUUGACACAUAUAUUUUACUUAAGUUUGACGUCUCAACGAUUAAUCGAUCACAGCAGCGAACUACAAGAAGCAAUUUAUAGCUGUGAGUGGUAUAAAAUUUCAUUAAGAUCCAGACAACUGUUGAAAUUCACGUUAAUGCGAGCUACUAAACCAUGUCAAAUAAAAGCUAAGAUGUAUGUAAUGUCACUGGAAAACUUUAGUUCGAUACUACAAGUUUCCAUGUCUUACUUUACCAUGCUCACAUCUAUACAAUAA